GAUGUUUCUAAAUGUCCAUGAACAAUACUUCAGCUCCUGUGCCCUGGAGGAGGAGCCUCUUCGUGAUCCCCCACCAGAGGCCUGGGAGUUUGAGGGAGUGGACUGCCACAUCAAUUACCACUGCUGCUGCUACAUUUGAUAUUUAUCUACCAUCUGGAUUUCUAGUUGGCUCGCCACUACUUGUUCAUCUGUCUGGAUUUGGAGUGUUCCAAGGUUUGGGAGGUUUGACACUGAAUACCCUACCACCACAUCAGCACGAGAAGCCUUGUACUUGAAGUCCUGAGUGUGCAAACUGAGGUGUAGGGAUAAAGGAGAUAGGGUGUACGGAUGAAGAGGCUAGGGUGUUGGGGUAUUUGUAAACAUUUAAUUUUGUGAGUCAGUCACAGAAUUAAAUAAUGAACUAUAUGAAGACAAAACAGUGACAAUGACAUUCCAUGAAACUGGUCAACUGAUGCAGCAUUCAGCAGGAACAUAUGGUAUUCAGCAUAAGAAAUUCGAUAAUGGAGGAGGAGGCUGCACGGAUGAACAUUUAACGAGUCAAGGCCGUACAACCGCACUUCUUGUCCGGUACAAGAACUCGUUACUCUCGAGUGUUAAAAAAAUGCGCUCUUUUACGUUUAUUUUGCCGCUCCUAAGCGAAUUAUUAAGUAUUUGUGGCGGGGAUGUUGGCGAUUUCUCGCCCUGUUUAAAUUAUUUCUACCGAGCUUGCCCUCCUCGAGGUAUCUCAGGAAUUCCGAUCUGUCAACGCUAUGAGAACCGAUAUCACUUCGCGACACUGUACAGUCAUGAGCGUCGCACGCCAUGGUUUUCGGCGUACGUCUACUCGCCGCCAAAGGACAAGAGACCCAAGAGCGUCUGGAAAUAUGAACCACAGUUGGCUAACUCUCAUUCGGACGGCAACAUGGUCCCGUUCCCACCACCGCCGGAAAAAGUGGACCAGAAUGUAGUGGAGAGCCAAGCCGUGCAGCAGGACUACAUCAACUCCACCUACACACGCGGGCACCUGAGCCCGAGCCUGCACCACAGGGAUAGUGAGAGUCGGAAUGCCACCUUCACCCUCACCAACAUUGUGCCGCAGCGGGCCGGCUCCAACAAUGGUCCCUGGGCCAGGCUAGAGGCCAAAGUCAGCAAGAGCCUGGCAGCGCACUGUCUGGGCGACGCCCAUGUGGUGACAGGGGUGAUCCCAUACAUGAGCGAGCGUUGGCUGAAGGAUGAGAACAGGGUGGCUGUACCUGAGUACCUGUGGUCAGCAUACUGCUGCUGGAACUAUACGCAGGACCUCCCUAAGAGCCUGGCGAACAUGUACCCAGCGUUCGCUGCCAUCGGGAGGAAUGACCCUGACAGCUCAGAGGAGAUCGUGCCGGUUGACCGAUGCCGGAAGAAGGCCGAGCUCGGCUAUGACGUGCGGACCAUGGCCCUGUCCGCCCUGGAAAUGUACCUGACGCAGAGGUAUGGAGUGCCGGUUGGCGUCUUCCACAAGCAAUGCACCAGAUCAGAACCUUCUGGCAGAAGCUGGGAACCUGUCUAAAGGACCGAUGAGGAUCUUUAAUAUUUCAGGAAUGUUUGAAAUAGCAAUAGCAGGUGUAAACAAGGUGCUAUUUUAUUGAAAAUGAGCCAAAAUGAUCAAUGUUACACUUUAAUCAAAGUUCCAUCUUAAAUCAAAUAUGCAUUUUUAAAAUUAACCAUUUUUUCUUCCUCCAGCAUGGGAAUUUUAGAAUAGUUUUUAAAAUGUUUUACAUACAGAGUAUCUAGUUAGAGAGAAGACUUGAUUUAACUAGAAAAUCACUAGGAUAGUAAAUGUUGAUGUUGGGGAAAAAAACUGAAAUUGUGAUCAAGAUCGAAAUAACAUUUUAUAGAUAAACUUAACCAUGUGAUUUAAUCUUAAAGCUACAACACUGAUCUAAUAGGUUACUGUGCAACACCACGCAGAGUUUCAUUACAGUACUAGUCAAACGCUGACAUAAUGUACAAGAAUUUUAGGCAUUAAAUUAACUAGUGAACAUAAAAUUACAUGUUUGUUAGAGGUCUGAGCUAACAUUUAAAAGCCUUCUGAAAAUACUAAAAAAUGAAGUUACUUGUCAAGAUUAUACGCAUAUAUGUAGAACUGUAUUAGCUAAAUAAUGGUGGUUCUAUGGUAUCAGCAUUAGGUGGCAGUAUUUGUUUAAAAAAUUAAGCCCAAAUUUUAUAAUAAUUAUGUUUAUGGAAGUAUAGCAAGUAGAACAACUUGUCACAUUCACGUAUAAGUUGUAGCGUCAUAAGUUUACAUAUUGUUGUUCAGGAUGAGGCUUUUAAUUUUGAAUAGUCCAAUAGUCCCAUACUGUUAACAUUCCUAUACCUAGUAAUUUUGUUUCUCUCCAUUUCAUUUGUGGUAUUGCUUACAUGACUCAUGACAUAUAUUAAUAAACAAACUCCUUGAAUUCA